AUGAAGAGGGCGGUGGUGAAGAGGGCGGUGGUGAAGAGGGCGGUGGUGAAGAGGGCGGUGAGGAAGAGGGCGGUGAUGAAGAGGGCGGUGGUGAAGAGGGCGGUGGUGAAGAGGGCGGUGGUGAAGAGGGCGGUGAUGAAGAGGGCGGUGGUGAAGAGGGCGGUGGUGAAGAGGGCGGUGGUGAAGAGGGCGGUGAGGAAGAGGGCGGUGAUGAAGAGGGCGGUGGUGAAGAGGGCGGUGGUGAAGAGGGCGGUGGUGAAGAGGGCGGUGGUGAAGAGGGCGGUGGUGAAGAGGGCGGUGAGGAAGAGGGCGGUGGUGAAGAGGGCGGUGGUGAAGAGGGCGGUGGUGAAGAGGGCGGUGGUGAAGAGGGCGGUGGGAAGAGGGCGGUGGUGA